CGCGCCGAAACGAGCACGUCAGUCCGCGCGCGCGGGCCAUGGUCGCGAGAACCGAUGAGAGCAUGUUCGGGUGCUAUGGUGACAGCUACUCGUACCGCCUGUGGAGCCUGGCCAACGUGUGGGGCGCCUGCCGAUGUGAGUAGCGCACCGACACGGCCCUCGGAGCACGUGUCCCUGCACCGUCGAAGCUAGGACUUUUACCGCUGACGUCAGCGGAGGCUGUGAAAUCUCGGUGAAGUACGAUACGACGUAGAUGCGAUACCGGCGCGCGAAGUGCUAACCGCGGUAGAUAGCCCGUGAUCGUGCCCGCGCACAGUGUGCUCGCGGUGUGCAACAGACGUGUAGCUCGAUGAAAGUGCACAGCUCGCUUAUGGGAGUUGGCGGUUGGUACGAAAGCUUGGCGGCCGGUUGGCUUGCGGACAUGAGGAGUAAGCAAGUGCCCACCUCCACCACCUCGGCCAGGCGGCUCGCGGCCUUGAUCCGUCCGCUGGCCGGCGGCGGGUCGGAGGGCAAGCCAUCUGAGGAGGAGGAGGAGCGGGGCGGGUCCCCGCUGGGCCCCGGCGGGCCCUUCACGUGCAGCCAGUGCCGCGGCGCGUACCCCACGCGCGAGCAGCUCGAGCGACACGAGACCCUGCACUCGCCCAACACACAGGUGGAUACACUCAAAUAUUCGUGCAAGAUAUGCCACAAGAGCUUCGCGAACGUAUACCGACUGCAGCGGCAUAUGAUCAGUCACGACGAGAGCGCCACGCUGCGGAAAUUCAAAUGCAACGACUGCGACAAGGCGUUUAAGUUCAAACAUCAUCUGAAGGAACACCUGCGGAUACAUAGCGGCGAGAAACCCUUCGAAUGCGCCAACUGUGGUAAAAAAUUCUCCCAUUCGGGCUCCUAUUCGAGCCAUAUGACCUCCAAGAAAUGUCUCGUCAUGAAUCUAAAAAUGGGACGAAUCAAACCAAACAACCCAGCCCUCAACCCAGAAAGAAGUCCUUCGAGAAAGCGAGCUAAUGCCAUGGUCGCAUCUCAACUUAACAACAACAUACAACCAAACGGGAGCUCGUUUUUGCCUAUUUUACCUAAGUAUAACGAGGCAGCAGCCGCUUUCUUCGCUUCUAUGUCGUCACAAGAGAAUAACUUCCAUCGGGCGCCGCUCGGCCAACCUGGCAUCAACCCUUUCUACAUGCCACCUGGGAUGCCUUUGAGUCCUGCUAGUGGAAUUACACCUUAUAGUUUUCCUACUUCUCUUAGUCAACUUUUCGAACAAUUGGCAUCAUCUCAGUAUCAACAAAGGAAGAUAGAGAUGGAGAACCCAAUUAGCCCAAAGCACGUGAACACUCCCGUAGAUCCAGAAGAUAUGAUCGAAGAAGUCACAGAAGAAGACGACAAACGCUCAGAAGGGAGUGCAGAACUCGUAAUGGACAUCGAGGAUGAUGAAGCUUUAUCUAUAAAGAAGGAGCAAGAAGACCGAGAGAAUGAAUUAAGAUCACCCUCCCGUAAUUUCAAUUCCGUCCCUUUAAAUAACAACGGCCAUCAAGUUAAUAAUAAUAAUUCUGGCUUUAACACGAUAUUAGACUCUGUUAAUGCAUCAGUGACCAAACAUUUCUUUAGGGCAAACAUAGAAAAGCUUUCCCCUGUGUCCGGAAAUAUAUGCCCUAGUAUAGAAUCGCCACCGACACCUCACAUAAUUGUUAAGGAAGAGCCCGAAGAUAACCAUAGGUGUAUGAAAUGUAACGAAACAUUCAGUAAUAAAAGUGACUUACUGGACCACGAGAAAGUAGUAUGUGGAGGUUUAUUUAGAAAACACGAAGGUUUGGCAGCUCAAGUAGCCGAAACGGUAGCAUUGAACAGAUUAGAAGCAGAAGCUCGUGCCUCUAUACAAAGCGGAGUGAGUGCAAGUGAAGACGAAGAUUUUAUAAGAGAAGAUCGCGAUGAUAAAAUAUCUAUACAUGAUAACGAUAGAAAAAUAAGAGUCCGUACUGCACUGAGUGAAGAGCAACAAGCAGUCUUGAAAGAACAUUACGCAGUAAACCCGAGACCAAACAGAGAAGAAUUUAAAAAAAUCGCUCAGCAAAUUGGACUAGACAACAGAGUAGUACAAGUGUGGUUUCAAAACAAUAGAGCUAGAGUGCGGCGGAUGACACAAACUUUGGCCAUGUCUGACCAGCCACUCGACUUGUCUACUAAGAAGUCGAAUCCGUCGGUGACGUCGAGUCCGUCGCCGUCGCCGCCUUGUAGCAUUUCUGUUACACAUUCCGACACGGAGGAAGCGGUGAACCUCAGUCAAAAAUCAUCGCGCAGUACGACUCCACACCGUACCAACUAUUUGAACACUUAUCCACAUUCCAAUUGCUCCUCUUCUUCUCUCACUGACUUUAGACUAUCUCCAUCGCCUGGAGAAACUAUGAAUGCUCAAAAAAGAGAAAGAUUAUUACUACGUAAUAUAGCAGUUACACCGAUGAUGCCUAUGGACAAAUUUAUUCAAUAUAAUGAUAUGGCAAACGGUCGAUCGCCUCUGCUCAAUAUGCAGAUGCCAACUGACAUCAGUCGAGCGUCGAGUCCGUCGUACGAGCGGCCGUCCUGGGCAGACGAGUCUCAUCCCGCAAACGAUUUCGAAGACGAUGCGACUGUACUUAAGAAAAGUAAACUGAAGCAGGGUGCUGAAUAUAAGGAGGGAGAAGGCCAGUUCGUCUGUGAUCAGUGCGACAAAACUUUUGUCAAACAAAGUUCCCUCGCACGACACAAAUACGAACAUUCAGGACAACGUCCCUAUAAAUGUUUGGAGUGUCCGAAGGCAUUCAAGCAUAAACACCACUUGACCGAACACAAGCGGCUGCACACCGGCGAGAAGCCGUUCCAGUGCUGCAAGUGCUUCAAGAAAUUCUCCCACUCGGGCUCGUACAGCCAGCACAUGAACCACAGAUUCGCAAUAUGCAAGCCUUACAGAGACUAGGCGGCGUGGGACAGUGCCAAGUGGCCAUCGUCACCCAACUGCGCAUUAUCGAAAUCACGCAUGCAAUGCCUGUUUCGUGCCGUAAACUUCACGUUAUCAACACAGUCGGUGAAUACCUAACACUCGAAUGAAUGACGGUGACGAGCUCGAUCCCAGCCGGCUACUCCUGUUGAUAACGGCUUUACCUCAUAGAGUGUUGUUAAUGAACGAAUAAAUACGAGCUGCCGCAUAAUAAUACUCAUAAUAAUAAAGUAUUCGUUGCCCGGUAUUUUCGUUUCCAAGUUAAUUAAGGCCAUUGCUCAAUGCCAUUUAUUAUAUGUAAGAGAGAACGUAAUUUUGAUUCCCUAUUUAUGAUAUUUGUAUAGUGCCAAAUGAUACCAAAAACAAGUGCCAAUGCCAUUAUUUUAAUAUUUAAAUUUAAUUAAGUUUCGCGUACUCAAUCCCAAAGGCCGGUACCUGUAGCAUAAUACUCAUUGCAAAUAGAUUUUAUAGAUAUUCUUUUUGUAUAGUGUCCACGUAAUAAUUAAGGUGAUAAGAUCGGCGCCGUUGUGAACUGCAGUUAAUUUUUUAUUUGCUUCAUGAAUCGACUGCAUGUGCAACAGUCAAUGCAAGUUGAGUCUUGUUACGUUUAUACUCGUAGUGUACUCGUCACCAAGUGGACUGAUUGACAGCAGAGUCCACUGUACAUACAUACGUUCACUACAUUGUCCACCACACCACAGCGUCGACGCGAUUCCGUACUUAGUAGGUAGAAAGUAUUUAAUAUCAGGCGCCGCAUUGGUUACCAUAAUAAGUUUAACAAUAUCAAUGCGAGCUGCUAUUGCACGUAAGUUUUUUUGUUAUCACAAAUUAAGAGAUUUUACAUAAGAAAGCCGUCACAAAAUGUAUGUAAAGCGUCGCUGUGCAGCAUUUACUUUUCCAUAGAAGAAUGUUCGUACACUAUACAUAUACACAGUUGUUUGCAACGUUGAUUUUUACUAACAUGACAUUGUUCAUGCACGCCAAAUGCUUCCCAUUCUCUAUAAGCUUUACUUCUAAAACAGCAUCAGUAUUUUUUUUUUUUUUUUGUUAAUAGAUAUCUAUUUAUAAUGUAAUCGUCGAAUUCAUGUCAUUAAUGUCAACAAUAUUUUCCACGAAACAAGUGUCGCUUAACAAAACAUUCAGGCAGGUUCCUGAGGGCGAGACAGAGGUUCCAAGUUUUUAGAUUUUCUUUAAAUUCUAUCAUGUGUUGUUGAGACAUUUAAUAUUUGAUACGCCAGGCCCCGUCCGCGGGCCUGCACUAAGCUUGUCGUAUUCUAAUUGUAAGUGUUUAGCUAGUUACAAUCUUACUUAAGUUGAAAGCAUUCCAUAUUACUCCUAUGGGAUCUCGGAUGUGUUUAAAACUUUUGCGGUUAGUCCAAAGAUUAUAUUGAUAUAAGUUGUAUAUAGUGUAAUUGUAAAUAGCGUACGGUAUUAUGUGUAAAUAUGAUUAGAUCGUUAUAAUUAUUAUGUAACACACAAUGCAUAGUGUAUGAAGCAGUUACACGACGAAUAUGUGACAAUAAUGUGCAUCUUGUUUACCGAACACUGUAACGAUAAGAGGUUCUACUAUAUAUGUAUUAUAUACCUGUGUGUAGUCCUAAAGUUCAAUGAGCGUUGUUUAUAUUUAUAUCCUUGUAAUUUGUCCUUUCUAAUGUGCAAAUUUAUUAAUAGAAAAUUUUAUUCGUCUUUAGGGAGUGCAGUUUAAAAUAAUUAACCUAGGGGUACCUAUUACAUGUCCUACAAUUAAUAUGUACUUAAUUUGUAUUUGUCACUCUAAUAGAAUAUAUAACAGCUUUUAUAUUAAAAAAAAAAUACGCCAAAUCACCGCUCAUAACAUAUAGGUACCUGCAUACUCCAUUGUCUAUUGGUGGCGGGCGCAGGUUGCCCCCGCCGCACGCUCGUACGUAACACUUCAUCAAAUUCAUUUUUACAGUAUAUAUGUUAGAACACAAAGUUCCUAAGCGAAAAUACAUUAAGAGAUAUCUAAUUAUUUCUAUAUUUUGUAAUUAUAAGUAGAUAAAAUUAAUUUUUAAAGGUUUCUAAUCAACGAAUUACACAUAACUUAUUGAAAAACAGUAUGUACCUAUGUGAUUUUCAUAAUAAUUAUACCAUAGUAGAGUCUAUGAGCGUGCAUUAUUUAAGUGCGGUUCACUCAGUACAAGUACAUAGCUAUGCCUACUUACUAGGCGUAAUCUACAUAAGAAAACUUAUACACUCAGAUCUACAGGCAUGUAGACUUCAUACGGACCAUCUAGACAAGUUGCAAACGUAUCUAGUUAUGUAUUGUAGACACGUUUACGUUAUUGCACAUAUGUGAUAGCAUGGGACAGCACUGUCCGGUCUCUCGUGCCAUCGCAUGUCUGGGGUAGUGUAAACGUGUCUACAAAGAAACGCUCGCCACUUGUACAGAGAGAGGACUUUAGGUAUGAGCAUGUAUCAAACAGUAUUGUGUCUGCGCCCAAAUGGCCGGAUGCCUAAUAUUCGGAUAAUAACCACAUCCCCCUCGUCAUAUAGCUGUACGACAAUUUAAAUUGGAUUAAUCGUCCUGUUGGAACUAUUAAAUAUUUUAUAAUUAUUAUUUUAAUAUAAGUGACUUCCAAAUGGUCAUCGGUGGGCUAGAUAAACCAAAGAUUACUUACUUUGCGACGUGAUGCGGACCACUGUAAUAUAUAAAUAUCCCAUCACAUGUACUAGUUAGUUUAGUUGUAAUUAUGUGCCAAAAUAUAUAAUUAUUAAGGCUUCAAAGAGUUUUAUAACAAAGUGAAAUUUUAUUUUUUACAUAAAAUGGCAUUAUGUACUAUGGCAAUGUUUAGUUACUUGUGCAAUAUGCAUAUUGCGGAAAAGUAUUUCUUCCUUUUGUAUCGUUUAUAUUAUAUGACUAUUUAUAGUUUUAGCGGUAGCGGUAAGCCAAUGUGAAUUCCUAUUGCCAUAAUGUGUUUGUUGUAUUUUGUGAUGUGAGUGCGCCCGCGCGUCCCCCGCCGCGCCGCCGGCCCCGUGUCCCCGGGCCCCCGUGUCCCCGGAACCCCGUGUCCCCGGGCCCCGGUCCCACGGGCGACCCGUGCCCACGGCACGCGGCGCGGCGCGAGGGCGGGCGGGCGGCACUCACCAUCCCACGCGAGGUUCACGGACAUUUGUUAAAAUAAGUAAGUACUCUAGAUUGUUAAACUUACCCAUAGAUUAACAUGUGUUAAAAUAUUGCCUAUAUAAAUUAUAGUAAUUCAUUUUACUUGAUAUUAUUAUAAUGUAUAUUGAAUUUAUGAAUAUUAAAAAUAUAUAUUGACAUUUCAAUGCAA